AAAAAAGACGAAUAAGAAGUUGGCGUCGGCUUUCUUAGAAGAAAGCGUGCAACUAUGGUGCGUGCUAAAUCUAGAUACUUACUGUGUGAGGUUAACGUAUCGGAUCCAAACAGCUUGAUGCAGCUAAGUGACUGGUGCGUCACCAAGGCGGUGAUGGACGUGGUGCGCAUGGCGCACGGCGACUAUGGAUCAGCAUUGUGCAGUAGUGGAUUCUCAGUGAAAUACCUGAAUGCCCAUACUGGAAUAGUCUUCCUGCGCUGUCCAAAAAAUUAUUACAGACUCAUCUGGAGUGCGUUGCCUUUCAUUACCAGCAUUGACACUGGUCAGAAGAGAGUGCCAUGUUUCCUGAACUGUUUGCACGUGGGGGGGACAAUUAGAACAUGUCAGAAGUUUCUGGUGCAAUACAAUACACGGCAGCUGCAUCGAAUGCUCCCCAAAUGUAAAAGUGAAGGCGAAAAACUACACGUUCGUCAGGCAAUUCUGAGUUGCUCAUUGAGACUGAUGAAGGGAAACAAGGAAGUAUCUGAAUCUGAGAGUGAAGAAGAGGACCAAUGACUUCAUUGUGAUUUUGCUCAGGAAAGCACCGUGGACAUACCCAUUUCCAUCAGAUUGUGUUAUGACACUCAAAACUGAACAUGUGUAGAAGUUAAAAUAAUCCACUUCCAAGUUCUGUGGACAUAUGGUCAGUGCAGUUGCUGGCGACAUUUACAAUAAUAGACAAUGAGUCUGCGCCAGGAUGGCUUAGUCAUUGCAGUGAAUGUCAUGUAAUAAAAAUUAAACUUUUGAUCCCAUCAAAAGCCAUUUGUCCCUGAGCAAAGGCACUAGCAUUACUGUAACUAAAUGCCUUAAAAGCAAAUGCAAUUGUACCUGGUUUAUUUUGUUACCGUGUGCUAUUUUUUAAGUUUCAUCAAUAUAUUAAAGAUUUUUUUUGGAAGAUGACAAAUUUAUGAUGGCUUGCAGAAUGUUAUUGUUGAACAAUGAUCUUGGAGUGUCCAUGCAUUUCCAAAAAAACGACUGGUGACAACAUUAGAGUAGCCGAUAAUCCUGAAGGAAGGAUCAGAAGUAGGGCUGUACCCACUUGAGCCCCUAAAAAAAAAAUGAUGGGAGUGAUAUGGAAAUGUCCAUUCCAGAGGAAACUUGGGAUCUAGUAAUUAAGAGGAUACACUCUUCUAUAUGCACAAGACAUGGCAUAAUCCAGUUCAAGGUAGUGCACCGCUUUCCUUGGUGCGAAGAGAAAUUGGCUAAAAUUAACCCAGAUUUAGACCCAACAUGUGACAGGCGCAAACAAGCCACUGCCAGUCUCUUCCAUAUGUUCUGGUCCUGCCCGAAGCUAACUUGGUUCUGGCAUUCCAUCUUUGAGGCCUUGGCCGCUGUUUUAUGUUUCCCACUUGAACCUUCUCUGAGUGCCAUCUUUGGGGUUGUUCCAGCUGGUGUACAUUUAAAUGCUACUCUGCAACUCUGUUGGCCUACACCACUCUAUUAACUAGGAGAUUGAUAUUGCUCAAAUGGAUGGAGGCUUCCCCUCCUACUUUCGCACAUUUGAUUGAAGAGGUUAUGCAGUCACUGAAAUUAGAAAAGAUUAGAUCUACCAUGAGAGGAUCUAUAUCCAAAUUCCACUUGACAUAGAAGCCCUUUUUAGACUUUGUGAAGGAGUUAGAUGCUCAGUUGGUGGCUGGGGUUGAUGGGCUUGCAAUGUAGUUCUCAGCCCUUUCUCUGCUCUUCUCCUUUUCCCUUUUGCUUAUUUAUUUACGUAUUUUUCAAAUUAAUUUUUCCCUUUUUCUUUUGGUAAUUUAAUCUAUUCCUAUUAAUUGUUUACUUAGUUUUUGUUAUGGUUUAAUUUAAUUCAUGUUAUUUCGG